CGCGCCGCCAUGUCCCUCCCAGCUCUCUCACCAUACCACCUCAGCCUCGCGCUCACCCUCCCAGGCCUCCUCCUCCUCUGGCGGAACCUCCGCUUCCGCUUCUACGCCUCGCGCCGCGCGCGAAAAAUCCCACACGCGCAGGAACGCGUGCUCAUCCUCGGCGCGAGCAGCGGCGUCGGGCGCUCCGUCGCACACGUAUACGUAAAGCGCGGCGCGAAGGUCUGCAUAGUCGGUAGGCGGAGAGACAAGCUCGAUGACGUGGCGCGGGAGUGCCGCGCGAUGGCUAGGGGUGGUGCACAGGUGUUGAUGGUGAAGGCGGACUGUGCGGAUCCGGAGGAGAUGGUGAGCUUGCGCGAGCGGUUGGAGGAGGAGUGGCAGGGACUAGAUACAGUGAUCAUUACUGCAGGAGUAUCAGCUCUGCGGCCUAUGAUGUCCAAUGCUGGCGUCGAGAUGGAUCCUCGACAUCCUCCCAAGUCGCAGGCGACCGCUGAAGGCUUAACCCAUGCCAUCUCCGUCAGCAACGCUGCAAUCACCGGAAACUUCACGGGUCCUCUCGUGUCCGCUCUCUCCCUCAUCCCACUGCUCACGCUCACCUCCCGCUCCCCAUCCAUCCUCCUCCUCUCCUCCGCCGCAGCCGUCAUCCCCGCCCCAACACGCGCUCUCUACGCCGCAACCAAAGCCGCCUCGCUGUUGCUCUACCAAGCCCUCGCAAUCGAGCACCCACAAAUCGCAUUCACGUUCUUCCUCGCCGGCACGAUCGAGGGCGACUUCCGCGCGUCGGCCGUCGACAAGGCUCUCCCUCCCAAUCUGACGAGCUCGGGCUCGGGCUCAGACUCCAGCGAACCCACCCCGCUCGUGCGUGAAGCCAAUCCGGCGAAACACGGGCUCAAGGUCGGCUGGGUGGCGCAGCGGUGUGCGCAGGCGGUCGACAGAGGGGAGAAGAACGUGUUCACGCCGAUGUAUAUGCGGUUUGGGCACUUGUUUUACUGGAUAGUUCCAGCCUAUGUGGAGUGGAGAGCGAGGGUGAAGUAUCGGUAUACGUGAGGGCAGUAAUGUCGCGUUGUAUCCCUACGUCACUCCUGUUGUGAACCAUACAGACAAAUGGCUGGCAUGGCUUGUUCUUUGAGUUUGGCGUAGUAGAGGACAUGUGGCAAGCGUGAGCUGAUACAACACGCGGUACAAACACGGAUCUGCAUAUGUGCACUUGAGCUCG